CGUCGUCGAGUUCGAGGAGGAGAAGGGGAGGAAGAAGACUACUUUAUGGCUUGAUGAGCUUCAAUAGACUUGACCAUCCAAUGAUGGCGUCCGGUCGCCGCUCGAUGGGCUCGCUGUUGCGUCUCUUCCUUUUCUUCUCUUUCUUCUGCUCGUUGUUCGGCGGCGGAGCGCCCGACGAUCUCGCCUCCGACCGCGCCGCGCUCAUCGCCUUCUCCGCGGCCGUCUCCGGCGUCACUCGGCGGUGGAACGUCUCCGACCCCUCACCGUGCGCCUGGUACGGCGUCACCUGCGCCUCCAACCGCGUCACGGAACUCCGCCUCCCCGGUUCGUACCUCCUCGGUCGGAUCCCGUCCGGCACCCUCGCCAAUCUAACCGCGCUCCGCGCGCUCAGCCUCCGCUACAACCUCCUCUCCGGCAGCCUCCCACCGGACUUCGCCGCCCUCGCCAACCUCCGAUAUCUCUACCUGCAGAACAACCGCCUCUCCGGCGGUAUCCCCGCCGCCGUAUUCUCUCUCCGCGAGCUCGUCCGCCUGAACCUCGCGGGUAACUCCCUCGACGGAGGAAUCCCUGUGGCUUUCAACAACCUCACUGGCCUUUCGACGCUGCUCCUCGACCACAACCGGCUCUCCGGCGCGAUCCCCGACCUCCGGCUUCUGGGUCUCCUCCAGUUCAAUGUGUCCUUCAACCAGCUCAACGGGUCCAUCCCCGCAAGGCUCCGCGGUUUGCCCGCGAGCUCCUUCGAAGGAAACUCCCUCUGUGGUCGGCCCCUCGCCCCCUGUCUCGGCGAGGGUUCGCCCUCGCCGGCGCCGUCCCCGUGGAUCGCCAGCAACAAUGUCGAUAGCAGCGGGAAAAAGAAGCUCUCCGCCGGCGCGAUCGCGGGUAUCGCCAUUGGCUCCGCCAUCGGCUUCUUGGUUCUCGUCCUCCUCCUGGUCCUCUGCUGCCGAAAGCGGGAAAAGGACGAGGCUGGACCAAAGGCGGGGGAAAUGAUGCAGCCAGAGGCGGAGAUGGCUUUGAGGGGCAAGCGAGAGGCGGCGGAUAAUGUGGCUGGGCCACCUCAGGUGGCGGCCUUACCUGCGGCGGUGGCUGGAGGGGCGAGUGGGAGCGCUCGGAAGCUGGUGUUCAUCGGGAAGGUUCAGGGGAUAUACGACCUGGAUGACCUGCUGCGGGCAUCGGCGGAGGUGCUCGGGAAAGGGACGGCCGGGACGACAUACAAGGCGAUGCUGGAGAUGGGGAUGGUGGUAACAGUAAAGCGCCUCAGGGACGUCAACGUCCCUGAGAAGGAGUUCCGCGAGAGGAUGGAGGCCAUCGGCGCCAUGGACCACCCCAACUUGGUGGCCCUCCAAGCUUACUACCACAGCAAGGAUGAGAAGCUUUUGGUCCAUGAACUCGUGCCAAACGGAAGCCUCUCCUCCAUCCUUCACGGAAGUAAAGUAUCGGGUCGCACCCCUCUCGACUGGGAGACGAGGCUGGAGAUUGCUCUUGGAGCAGCACGGGGCAUCGAGUUCAUACACCUGCAGGGCUCUGGUCUCACUCAUGGCAACAUUAAGUCCUCCAACAUCAUUCUCUCGAAAUCGAACGAGGCUCGCGUCUCCGACUUCGGCUUGAGCAGCCUGGGCUCCACCCCGAUGCCCAAUCAACGCGCCGCCAGCUACCGCGCCCCGGAGGUCACGGACGUCCGGAAGGUCUCCCAAAAGGCCGAUGUUUACAGCUUCGGCGUGCUUCUCAUGGAGCUGCUCACAGGCAAGCCUCCGACGCAGGCGCUCCACAACGAAGACGGCGUCGACCUGCCCAGGUGGGUCCAAUCGGUCGUUAGGGAGAAAUGGAGCUCAGAGGUAUUUGACCAUGAACUGCUGAGGCAUCAGAACGUGGAGGAAAUGAUGCAGCUGCUGCAGCUGGCCAUUGACUGUGCCGUGCAGUUCCCAGAAAACCGGCCAUCGAUGUCGGAGGUUGUAGCUCGGAUCGAAGGGAUCCGCAGCAAUUCUAGCAUGACAAAUCAGCAGCAAGGGGGCACCGCCUUUGGCGAUUGAUCGAAUCAUCUGUUCCUAUCAUCUUCAAGGCAUCUUCUUCCAUGGAUGAACCAAAAUUGGAUUGUUUUUGUGUUUGUCCUGGGAGUAAGUCGAUGGUUAUUUUAUUUUCCUUCCAUUCCUUUUGAGUUGGAACUGUUCUUGUGGUUCUUCUUCAUCCUAAAUCUCCUGUUAUUAUUUACAUUUGUUAUUUUUUGGAGGGUUGUUUGAUGCUGAGAAUGAGUCCCUGUCCUUGAGGACUCUUCAUGUUGUUUCAUCUUGAGGUAAUUUAACUUUAUUGUAUGGUAGAAGUGAUGCUAGGAUUGAUGCUUCUUGAUCA